CACGCGCACAUCUCUAUAAUUUAUAUCAUUUUGUAUUAGAAUCGGGUUCGGAUCGUGUAAAAUGGAUUUCGGGGCGCUGCUGCACUACGCGAAGAAGAAGAACGAUGCGGCCACCAAGGACGAGCGCCCCGGACAGGGCAAAUACUACAGCACCAAGUAUGCGCCACCCAAAAAGGAGUCCAAGGAGUCCAAGCAGCUGUCCAACAACAUCCAAAAGUUCCUACGCAAAAAGGAGGCAGAGGAGGCAGAACGGAAGCGUGAGGAGCGCCAGAAACUCAACGAGCUGAUGGCCAAACGUGAUGAGAAGUCCAAGAAUAAGAUCCGCAAAAUGCUCAAGGUGACCAAGUCGGCGAACAAGUCCGUGCUGGAAGAUGCCAAGCAAUGCGAAGGAGCAGCCAAUGGCCACGAGGCGGACGAGGGUCAGGGCGAUGACUACGGCUAUGUGUCCAACGAGGCGAACGCCUUCUACGAGAAGUACAUUGAGAAGGUGCGCGAUGUGCAGGAGGACAAGGGAUUUGCUCCGAGCAGGCCGCAAUCCCUGCGCGAUCUUUCCGGCACCAAGGAGCGCGUCAAGGCGGCCAUUACCCGGGAAAGGGAGGAGGCCAAGAGUCACACCCGCCAGAGGAGCAGCACCACCAGUAGCAGCAGUACGCCCUCCUCCUCGUCCAGCGCCUCCAAGUCGAGGGAAGCCCAUGUGGCCCGUUCCUAUAGCACGUCCAGAAGCCUCUACGAUCCGGAGGCCGAGAAGCGCGAGGAGGAGCGCAAGAAGCGGCAGGAGGAGGAGCAGCGCCGGGCCAAAAUGAAGCGACCUGCCCAGCCGCCACCCAUGGACUUCCAGGCACUCCUCCGCUUGGCCGAGAAGAAGCAGCACGAACCGGUGGUCUUUGAGCCCGAGAAGAAGAAAGAACCGGAGCGCCUGCUCUCCGCCCGGGAGAAACGCGAAAUGGAGGAGCGCCAGCGGCAGAAGGAGCAGCGCGCCCAUCGCGACAAGAUGCGGGAAAGCGACGGCAAGGAGGCUUCAGCAUCCAAAGCAUCCACCACCAAUCGCAUGGAGCCCAAUGGACGCAUACCCAAGCUCAACCAAUCCAGGCCAGCGAAUCCAUCAAGUGAAAGCUUCAAAAAGCCAGCUACACCGCCAGCAAAGACCAUCUCAAGCUCCUCCGGCUCCUCUGGCACCUCUGGCUCCUCCUCCAGUUCCAAUGCCCAUUCCUCAACUAGCCGUAGUCAUGCCUCAAGUAUAAAGCCCGCCAGUAAGACAGCUCCCACGGUGGCCAAGCCAGGAUCAACUACAGCGGCGGGGAAACCCAGCUCCAGUUCUGGUAGGGAUGCCCCCUCCAAGAAUCCCUAUGCGGCGGCCAUCAAAAACGGAGCCGUGCGGGAGUUCCCGCCCCGGGAUCGGCCUGCAAUCCCCCCGUCCAGGGAUCGUUCCGCUCCUGCGGCUAGAGAUCGCCCACCUCCUUCGCCGGCCAUGGGCAAAACGCGACAGUUUCCGCCAGCGGAUGUCCAGAGAUCAUCAUCAUCGGGCGGCAGGCAAUUCCCGCCGGCCGAUGUCAAGAGGCGGAAACCCCAAGAACAGCCAGGCAAUAAAAGACGCAUUUACGACGACGACGACGAGGAUGAGUACGAUUCCGAGUUGGAUGACUUCAUUGACGAUGGCGACUGCGAGGAGGACAUAUCCUCGCACAUCCGCGACAUCUUUGGCUAUGAUAAGCGGCGGUAUCGAGGCAUGGACGACGAUGAUCGGGGGAUGGAGUCCAGUUUUGCGCAGAUGCAGCGGGAGGAGUUCAUCAGCAAGAAGCUGGGUCUGCAAGAGGAUCUGGAGGACAUGCGCAUGGAGGCUGCGCACAAGAAACAGAAAAUGGCCAAAAAACGAAGCAAACGCAUCGACGAUGACGACGAUGACUAAUCUCAAAUAUCCGUAAUGCAAGCUUGAACGGGGGCAUUCAAUCCCAUUGUGUUGUUGUAUAUGGAGGAUGUUUUCCGGAGUUCAAGUUCAAGCGAUGCUGAAUCCAGGAGCUGUGCCUAUUAAGUUAAUCAAUCGGCCAGUUAUUGUUUAACUAAUUAGUUUAGUAAAUGCAUACCCAACAGACACAAAAAAAAAACACACACACAUAGUAGGUAGGUGCGCAUAUAUAUAUAUAUAUAUAUAUAUAUAUACAUAUAUAUAUAUAUAGAUAAUCGUCUAUUUUUGAAAUCAAAAACACGCAACUUUAAAACUAACUUCGGCUUGCCGAUAGCUAUUUAACAAUAAUACCCUCGAAAAUGCAAUACAUAUAUUUCACUUUCGGUUUUCCGUCUGAAGAUUUCAGAAUUCAAAUCGAUUUUAAACCAGAAGUUUUCAUUUGAAAUAAGAAAAGAAAUCGAAUUCCUAUUCCCAAUACCUGAAGUUUUCGCUUUAAAUAAGAAUGUAAAUCGAAUUCCAUGAUUUGUUGAGUGCUUUAAUGACCCUUUGGCUUUAAAACCUUCCAAAAUUAAAGUGUGUUGUUGCCUUGUAGGGGGUAUUUUUCCGCGAAAUUUGUAUUUCUUAAAUUUAUAAACCUUUUUGCAUACACUGGUCUGGUGUUUUCUUCUAUUUUUGGCUUUACACCAAUGCAAAGUACUUUAGAUAGGCCCAAAUAAAUAUUUAUAGUACCAAUCCAAGACCUGUCUGAUGUUUAUAAUUUGGAAUUACUAAACCGGAAACUGAGUCAUCCAUGGCGAUAUCGUUUGAUUGGUUGCUUAAUUAACCUAUUUUAAUUGAAUUUAAAUACAUUUUUACACCUGA